AUGACUAGGACACGCGUUCACGCACCGGUUGUGAACGUCGCUCAUGCAGUACAGUCUAGGAACACCUGUCGUCGCGAAAACUCCGCGCAGCUUCCCAGAGCGCCGGCUCGCGAGAUACUCGAAGCGCGCCCAGGAGUGUUUGCUUUGUCACUCUGCGAGUGCACGCCCGAGCUAAAGCGUCAGACGAGAGCGGGUGCGGGAGGCAGGCCUCCCACGGAUGAGGCUCGGCUCGGGGACCACGCAAAUCAUUCGAAGCCGCCGAGCGAGCUUGCAACAGUCGCAAGCUCCCGCGAGAGUUUGUCAUCAGGCAUGAAGAUUAAAGCUCGGAAAAGGCGGGGGGAGGCAGACUGGGGAACGGCCUCCCGUCUCUGGGGGAGACACGUCUUCUGA